AUGAUCAAGGCGUUUAUUGUAUUUUCUCUUCUCUGUUUUAUCAAUGCGAGGUUCACAACAAACAGUACAUGUAAAAAUUGCAUAGGAAAAAUCCACUCCAAACAAGAUUUACAAUUAGCUAGACACAGUCUAAUUAUUGAUAAAAAUCAAAGUUGUCAGAAUCAACGAUAUACAUUUUUUAUCAUUGUGAAAUCAGGAAGCUUUGAAAAACGAAGUUUCACACGUUCUACAUGGGCCAAAGAAAUUAGUGAGCAUUUUAAAAUACCUAUUCUAUAUGCCAUUGGUUAUCCAAAAGAUCCUCAUUUCCAAAAAUAUAUUAUUGCUGAAGACCUUAAAUAUCAUGACUUAUUACAAUUCAACAUUCUAGAAGAUUAUUAUAAUUUAACAUUGAAAACCACAAGUGUUUUACUGUGGUACGAUCGGUAUUGUUCGAAAAAUAGUCAGUUUCUUUUAUAUGUCGAUGACGAUGUACUUAUUCAUGUCGAUAAAUUAAUCGUGUAUAUGCAUCGAACGGUUAACAGUGAUUCCAUUCAAGGUUGGUUCGAAAAAUCAGUACAUAUUCAACGUGAAGGUAUGGGUGGAGUAUCAGUAGAUGAUUUUCCUAUUGAUUUUGUACCAGAUUAUUUAUGGGGUGCAGCAGUAGUAUAUCCGUCACAUAUAAUAUCGAAUCGAUUGAUUAGCGCUAUAUUUAAUUCAACGGUACCUAUAUUUUUUCGUGAUGAUGUUUUCAUCAACGGAUUUAUGGCUCAACAAGCUGGAAUAAAACGAGAACAUAUGAAAGGAAUUUUUUGUUUUGAUCCAGCACAAGAUGAUUUAAAUUCGAAAAUGAUAUUAAUCAAUUUUAAAAAUGAAGAAGCUCGUGAAAAUACUUGGAAUUGCUAUAAAAAUGGUGUUAGAUCUAAUAAAAAGUUACCUUUAUUCUUAUGUAAAGUUAUGUGUGGAAUGUGCCUAUUUAUAAUAAUAUUUGGCUAUUGCUGCAAAUACUUCAUAGAAACAGUUGAUUUCGAUCAUUUAAAGCUGGUGUGCUAUCAGUGUUUUUAUAAAUAUCAUUAUCCACGCAAGCAAAACAUUAAUUUAAUGAUAUUAAUGAAUGGACAACAAUAUUCGAGGAAUCGAAUUCAACAAUUAUUUUUGACUUUUCAAUGGUUAGUCAAUUUUAGAACCAUGUAUAUAAAAAUUUUUUUUUUUCUUGUUGUCAUGAGUGUUCUGUAUUAUUUUUCACCUGAAUAA